UUACGUUUCUGUCGCGACUGCUUCUUUCCUCGCGUGUGCCACCACCUCUAAAAGCAUCUCUUUCGUUCUAUCGCGAUAGAAAUCGUGUCGAGCCGUAAUAAUGAGACAACAAAAUAUCUUAUUACGCUUUUAUAUACCGUGAAACACGAUAUGAACGUCCGAAUAAUCGCUAGUUCGCGUUUUCUCGCGAUCCUCGUAGUCUUGAUCGUUAUCCUAAAGGAUUUCGUUAUUGCCGAUUAUUCUUGCUCGGCACUGUGCGAUUGUGACAUUUGGUACGAAUUGAAACGUGCCAGUUGCUCCGGACGACAUCUUUACAGUAUUCAUACCGGUUCAUCGAAUCUUGUACAAGCAUUGGAUUUAUCGGACAAUACGAUAUCCUCAUUGGGAAAUUACGAACUUGCUGAGGCAGGCUUAACCAAUUUAAAGUACUUGAAUUUAUCGAAAAAUUCAAUAAGCGAUAUUAGCCUGGAAGCUUUCUCCGGUAUCACCGAAUUGACUGUAUUAGAUUUAUCAAGGAAUUAUCUUUAUUAUCUACUUCCGAAUAUCUUUCUUGAGACGAAGAACUUACGUAUAUUGAAAUUAUCGAGGAACAAUUUUAAUGUACACGUACCAAAGCUCGAAUGUCCAUGGUUGAAGGAACUCGAUGUGCACUCGUGUCAAAUCAGCCACAUACCUGUGGACACGUUCGCCGGACUGACUCAUCUUCGAAGCCUCGAUCUUACAAACAACUUGAUGAUUCAGCUAGAUAACGUUGUCCUGAAGCCCUUACAAUUCUUAAGGAAAGUAUCAUUAGAAGGAAAUCCUUGGUCUUGCAACGGUAUUAUGUACGAUCUUGAGAAUAAUCUUCGUUCGAGAAAGAUAGAAUACGAUCUGAUUUGUAACAAGACGAUAAAAGGAACGAAGAAAUUUGAAAAGAUGAUGAUGAUGAAGCCAUUGAUCGAUUCGAAAGUUCGUACGAAUUCUACGAUUUCUUCUAAGGAAUACAGGAUAAUUAAGGAAACGACGAGAUGCGACAAUGAUUUAAAAAAUACGUCAACAUCAACGACGAACGAUACGCAAAAUAUUAACGAUAACAGAUACACAAAGAUAUCGCCAUAUUGGUUUUUAAUUAUGGGAUUUUUACUUGGCUGUGCCAGCAGUAUGGUUGUUUGUUAUGUUUGCCUUUUAAAAAAAUUCAUAUGCUGUUCCCGUGAAAACGAUUAUCGUGAUCGUACGACUAACGACGAUCCACAGAGACUUUUCCUACUUCAUAAUCAAUGGCACGUCGCAACAGAGGCUACGUUCGAUUCAAGUCAAACAAUAUCCUGUCCAGGUACUCCUCCGCCACCGUAUCGUGACGUUAUUCUACGACCGGGACUUUAGAGCCGCAACUCCAAUUUAAAUAACAAUACUGCCGGAUACGGUACGUGAUCAAAGUAACGUUAGAAAAAAGGGACUCUACUAUAUUACGCAUCGCAUAAUGUGCAUGGCAAAUUAAUAAAAUCAAUUUAACCUGCUCGCCGUACAACGGCUCUGUGAAAAAAAAAAAUUCGAAAAAAAAAAAAGAAAGAAGGAAAGAAAAAAGAAACGAAACAAUGACGAU